AUGAGUGACUUUGUACUAAACGAUUCAGACACUGAAGUUGAUUCCGAUGAGGAGGAAUUGCAAGAAGCUUUUGCUAAAGGUUUAAUAAAACCAGGGCUCAAUGAGGAAAUAGAGAGAGUUGAGAGGAAGUGCGCAAAUAAUGUAGCUGAUUUAAAAAUAAAAUUAAAAGAGUUCCAGUUAAAAUUACCAUGGGUGGAAACUUUGGACUUGGUGACUGUCGUAGCACCGAUGGCUCCGGACGUUGCUUUUCAAUUACAAGAAACUGCACAAAGAAGAAAAAAUUUAAAAGAAAAUACCAAAGGUAAACAAAUGUAUGACCCAACUCAGGAUCCAGUUCUUAAUGAGUUCAAGCGGGAAAAUCUUAUUCAUCGGCAGGCACAAGCAGCAGUGCUGGAAGGCCUUAAAAAGUUAAAGGAGCUUAAUAUACCUACAAGAAGGCCUGAAGAUUACUUUGCAGAAAUGGCAAAGACAGAUGAGCACAUGCAGAAGGUACGCAAGAACUUGAUGGCGAAGCAAGCAGCACAGGCUCGCACAGAGAAAGUACGACAGCUCAGGGAUCAGAAGAAGAUUGCUAAACGUGUACAGAUUGACACAAAACUGAAACAAGCCGCAGAUAAGAAAGAAAUGUUAGAACAAUUAAAACGAGUAAGAAAAGGUAAAUCAUCAGAUCUGAGCUUUUUAGAUGAAAACAAGGGUAACAAAAGUAACUCUAACCUAAAAGGUAAAGGAAAAGAAAACAGAGUUAACAGAAAACGGGUCAUGAAAGAUAAGAAAUUUGGGUUUGGUGGCAAAAAGAAAGGGUCCAAAUUAAACACUAGAGAUUCUUCAAAUAACAUGGAUGGAUUUAAUGGAGUGUCUGAGAAAAGGCCAACUAAUUUCAAGAAUAAAUCAUUCCAAGUGAAGAGUAAGAAAAACCAGAGGCCUGGGAAAUCUAAGAGGAAAAACGCAAAAAGAUAA